GCCCGCGGCUGCUUCAGGGGCGCCCGCCCACUGUAGGAGCCGCUGCCCGCGGACGCGAUCGCCCCCCCGGGCCUCCGGCGGCGGCGGAGGCGGAGGAUGGCGGCGGCGGCGGCCGCCCCGACCCAGCUGGAAGCCGAGCUCUACUACCUGAUCGCCCGCUUCCUGCAGUCCGGCCCCUGCAAGAAAUCCGCGCAGGUGCUGGUGGAGGAGCUGGAGGAGCACCAGCUGAUCCCGCGGCGCCUGGACUGGCAGGGCAGCGAGCACCGGCGCAGCUUCGAGGACCUGGUGGCAGUCAAUGCACACAUCCCUCCGGAUUAUCUUCUUAGAAUCUGUGAGAGACUUGGACCCCUUUUAGACAAGGAAAUCCCACAGAGUGUUCUUGGAGUGCAGACUUUACUAGGUGUGGGACGGCAGUCUUUGCUAAGGGCAGCAAAAGACUUCAGACAUACGCUAUGGAAGGGAUCUGCAUUUGCAGCUCUUCACAGAGGCAGGCCUCCCGAACUACCUGUCAAUUAUGGGAAGCCACCAAAUGUGGUAAAUAUAAUUUCUGCCAGGCAACUAACUGGAUAUGGACGCUUCAGCCAUUUGUUCCCAUCAUCCACCUAUCAAUACAUGAAGAUGCACAAGAGGAUUCUGGGGCACUUAUCAUCUGUAUAUUGUAUAGCAUUUGAUCGCAGUGGAAGACGUAUUUUCACAGGCUCAGAUGACUGUUUGGUGAAAAUCUGGGCUACGGAUGAUGGACGUCUGCUUUCAACAUUGCGAGGGCACUCAGCUGAAAUUUCUGACAUGGCUGUUAACUAUGAAAACACGCUGCUUGCUGCAGGCAGUUGUGAUAAGGUAGUCAGAGUAUGGUGUCUUCGAACCUGUGCACCUGUUGCCGUUCUGCAGGGCCAUUCAGCUUCCAUUACUUCCAUACAGUUUUCUCCAGCAAGAAAAGGAACAACACGAUACCUCACUUCUACUGGUGCUGAUGGAACAAUCUGUUUCUGGCAGUGGCAUGCUAGUACAAUGAAAUUUAAGGAUCGUCCUGUGAAAUUUGCUGAAAGAUCCAGACCUGGCGUUCAGAUAUCUUGUUCAUCUUUCAGUUCUGGUGGCAUGUUCAUUGCAACAGGUAGCACUGAUCAUGUGAUAAGAAUAUAUUAUUUGGGCUUGGAAUCUCCAGAGAAAAUUGCUGAGUUAGAGUCCCAUACGGACAAAGUGGUUGCAGUUCAGUUCUGUAACAAUGGUGACAGCUUGAGAUUUGUCAGUGGGAGCAGAGAUGGAACAGCAAGAGUAUGGCACUAUCAGCAGCAGGACUGGAAGAGUAUAGUCUUGGAUAUGGCUACUAAAAUGACAGGGAACAGCGUGGCAUCUGGGGAGGACAAGAUAACUAAGCUAAAGGUUACUAUGGUGGCUUGGGAUCGAUGCGAUAGCACUGUCAUUACAGCAGUCAACAACUUCCUUUUGAAAGUGUGGAACUCAUCCACAGGGCAGCUUCUUCAUAGUUUAUCGGGCCAUGAUGAUGAAGUUUUUGUCUUGGAAGCUCAUCCAUUUGACCAAAGGAUCAUACUUUCUGCAGGUCAUGAUGGGAAUGUUUUUGUUUGGGAUAUUGACAAAGGAACCAAAAUUCGCAAUUACUUUAACAUGAUUGAGGGCCAAGGCCAUGGUGCUGUUUUUGAUUGCAAAUUCUCACCAGAUGGACAGCAUUUUGCUUGCACAGAUUCACAUGGACAUCUGCUAUUAUUUGGUUUUGGAUGCAAUAAAUAUUAUGAAAAGAUUCCAGAUCAAAUGUUCUUCCAUACGGAUUAUCGACCACUGAUUCGUGAUGCAAAUAACUAUGUGCUAGAUGAACAGACUCAACAGGCUCCACAUCUCAUGCCUCCCCCAUUCUUGGUGGAUGUGGAUGGAAAUCCUCAUCCCACAAGAUAUCAACGUUUGGUGCCAGGACGGGAGAAUUGUAAGGAUGAGCAACUCAUUCCUCAGCUGGGAUAUGUGGCAAAUGGUGACGGGGAAGUAGUUGAACAGGUGAUUGGACAGCAAACCAAUGACCAGGAUGAAAGUAUUCUUGAUGGAAUGAUUAGAGAACUGCAGAGAGAACAAGAUCUGAGACUAAUUAAUGAAGGCGAAACUGUCCCAAAUCCUCCACUUAAUAGAUCCCACUCUGUUAAUGGUGCUCUCAGAAGUCCAAGUUUGGAUGUAGCAUCUCCACCAAAUGUUGGUCUCAGACGGAGUGGUCAGAUUGAGGGAGUCCGGCAAAUGCAUCAUAAUGCUCCUCGAAGUCAGAUGGCCACAGAGAGAGAUCUCAUGGCCUGGAGCAGAAGAGUGGUGGUGAAUGAGCUGCCUCCAGGGGUUAGCAGGGUUCAGGAAGAAUGCCGAGCUGCCAAAGGUGAAAUAGAAAUUGGUCUGUACAGUGUUGAAAAGAAGAGAAAGCCAUCUCACACCUCACAAAGGAAUGAUUAUCAGCCUGGCAGUGGACGAUCCCUGAGAAGAAACCAACGCAAACGCCAGCAUACCUACCAAACACGCUCCACCAUAGAACACAAUCAGCAAGGAGCAAGCCAGAAUGCACGUGUGCGGGAAGACUCAGAAAGCUCCUCUGAGGAAGAUGAGACAGUUGGUACAAGUGAUGCCUCCUUGGAUGAUCCCGUGGCUACAUGGCAAAGUGAAAGCAGUUCCAGUGAUUCAUCAAGUGAAUAUUCUGACUGGACAGCAGAUGCUGGAAUUAAUCUUCAGCCUCCAAAAAGACAAACCAGACAGGCAGCUCGGAAAAUUUGUAGCAGCUCUGAUGAUGAAAAUAUCAAGGAGUCUAAAGGAGUGGAAGAGAAAAGGAAGAAACCCAAACAGCCUAGAAAAAAGAAACCAAGUGGAUUACUCUCGAUGGAAGGUGAACCCAGUGAAGAGUGGCUUGCCCCCCAGUGGAUUUUGGAUACCAUACCCCGUCGUUCACCCUUCGUCCCACAGAUGGGAGAUGAGAUCAUAUACUUUAGGCAAGGCCAUGAAGCUUAUGUGCGGGCAGUAAGGAAGGCCAAAAUCUACAGUAUUAACAUGCAAAAGCAGCCAUGGAACAAAAUGGAACUCAGGGAACAAGAAUUUGUGAAGACUGUAGGAAUUAAAUAUGAAGUUGGGCCUCCAACGCUCUGCUGCUUGAAGCUUGCAUUUCUAGAUCCAAUCACAGGAAAAAUGACUGGAGAAUCUUUUUCCAUUAAGUACCAUGAUAUGCCAGAUGUUAUUGACUUCCUUGUGCUGCAUCAAUUUUACAAUGAAGCCAAAGAAAGGAACUGGCGGAUUGGGGAUAGGUUUCGCAGUAUAAUAGAUGAUGCUUGGUGGUUUGGAACUGUGGAGAGUCAGCAGCCUUUCCAGGCAGAAUAUCCUGAUAGUUCCUUCCAGUGCUACUGUGUUCACUGGGACAAUAAUGAAAGAGAGAGGAUGAGUCCUUGGGACAUGGAACCAAUUCCAGAAGGAACUGCUUAUCCAGAAGAGAUCGGUGCUGGAGUUCCUGUGACCCCAGAAGAACUAACAGCUCUGCUGUACAAACCCCAAGAAGGAGAAUGGGGAGCCCAUUCCAGAGAUGAAGAAUGUGAACGAGUUAUUCGGGGGAUUGGUCAACUGCUUUCCCUUGAAAUUGCUAACCCCUUUGCUGUUCCAGUGGAUCUUAGUGCCUAUCCCAUGUAUUGCACUGUAGUUGCUUAUCCAACUGACCUCAACACAAUCAGGAAGAGACUUGAAAACAGAUUUUAUAGGAGAAUCUCAGCGUUGAUGUGGGAGGUACGAUACAUUGAACACAAUGCUAGGACUUUCAAUGAGCCAGAUAGUCCUAUAGUUAAAGCAGCCAAAAUUGUAACAGAUGUCUUAUUACGCUUUAUUGGGGAUCAGAGUUGUACUGAUAUAUUGGAAAUAUAUAACAAAGUGAAAGCAGAAGACCUAAGCAGUACAGAUGAAGAGGAGGAGGUGGCAGAAGUAGAUGUAGAUUCAGAUGCUCCUGGAACCUCCUCUGGGAAAAGACGAGUAAGACGGCCAGUAAAAAGGCAACGUGUCAAAGCAAGCCCUGAUGCUUGGAAAGAGCAAUGCAAGCAGUUGUUAAGCUUAAUUUAUGAACGUGAAGACUCUGAGCCUUUUAGGCAGCCAGUUGAUCUCUUCUCCUAUCCCGACUACCGAGAUAUUGUAGACACUCCUAUGGACUUCAGCACUGUGAAAGAAACUUUGGAAGCUGGAAAUUAUACGAGUCCUCUGGAAUUUUACAAGGAUAUUCGCUUAAUAUUCUGCAAUUCAAAAGCUUACACUCCAAAUAAAAAGUCACGGAUCUACAGCAUGACACUUAGAUUAUCUGCCUUAUUUGAAAAUCACAUGAAGAACAUUAUUGCUGAAUACAAGUCUGCAAUGCAGCAUCAGAAGAGAAAACGGCCACGAUACCGAAAACGACUAAGAAGCAGUAGUAGUUCACCAUCUAGCAGCAGAGCAUCCAGCCCUAAAGGGAAGCAGAAACAAAUGAAGAUGCAGCCUAAAACCAACCAGAAUACCUCACUGCCUUUGACUAGGACUAGUUCAUCAGUUUCAUCUCAUGUUUCAGAUACUACAGAGGAACCUCUGGAUCCAGCUGUUGGUGAGAGAGAGGGCCAGCCCUCUUCCUCUGGCUCAAAUGCACAGAACCGAAGUGGAAACAAUGUUGAUCCAGGGAAAAACAGGCCUGUCAGGAGUAAAUCCACACCAGUUAAGCAAGAUCUUUCAUCUGAUGGACCACUUACAAAUGGUGAUGGCAGAGAGCCUCGGGUAGGAGUCAAGAGAAAAUUAAUAAGUGCAUCGGAAGAGGAUGAGCAUCUAGAGGAGGAGGAAGCAGACAAGAAGAGAGAAUUGAAAGAAAAAUCUGGUUUAUCUUCAUCAGGAAGUGGGGAGUCGGAAUCCAGUUCAAGUUCUGAAAGUAGAUGCGGCUCUGACUCUGACUCUGAAUCAACAUCUAGGACAGAUCAGGAUUAUAUUGAUGGAGACCACGACUAUAGCAAAGUUGUGCAAACUAAACCCAAAAGAAAAAUGAAGAGGAAAAUUGCCAAUGGGAAAAGAAAUUGGCAGGGCAGAGGAACAGGAAGGAGAGGCAGAUGGGGCAGAUGGGGUAGAUGGAGCAGAGGGGGAAGAGGUGGGAGAGGAGGAAGAGGCUGUGGCAGAGGAAGAGGAGGAGGCAGGGGAGGACGAAGAGGCCGAGGAGGUAGAGGAGCCUCCCGAGGAGCUGCCAGAGCCAAACGUGCACGAAUUGCCGAUGAUGAAUUUGAAAAUCUGUUUGGAGGACAGUUUGGUGAAAAUUUGUUUGGAGGGCGAUUCAGUAGACCACCCCGAAUUAAAACAAGGAACGAGGGCAGGAGAACUGUAUUAUAUAAUGACGAUUCUGACAAUGACAGUUUUGCGCACACCGAGGAUCCUCUGAACCUUGGUACUUCCAGGUCAGGUAGGGUGCGGAAAAUGACAGAAAAAGCCAGGGUCAGCCAUCUUAUGGGAUGGAAUUAUUGACAGAUGAAAACUUUGGAACAAUUUUAAAAGAACUUCAAUGGCCUUCUACUGCAGGGAUUUUAUCAGAACAUCUACCAAGCAAGUUGUGGGGGGACUCCACUCACUUAUCACAGUGGUGCUUUUCCAUUAUGUCAGUAUGCAUUUGUUUUAAGACUUCAGAUCGCCACACUUCAUUGGUCAAAAUAAGCCUUAUUCAUUAGGCCUUAAAUUACAGAAAUUGUUCCCCACACUACAACUCCAUUACAUUAAAGGAGCUUCCAGCUUCUCAAUAACAGCAUGGCAUUUUGAAUUAUGAUUAUGAAAUCUCUCCCUUGUUUUGUUUUUGUAUUAUAGAUAUAGCACCUUCUUACAGAGUUUUUAUAUGGUUUCUGCCAUAAAUCCUUAUACACAGUAAUAAUUAUAACUUUUGCACAAUACACCAAUCCUAAAGGCAGCUAUAAAAUGUUUACAGUUUCUAUAUUGUAAGAAGGAUCUGGAUUAUUUUAAACUUCCCAGGCCAAACUUUCAUGAAUUGUGCUGAACUGAAGUAUGCUUAUACUACAGUUAUAGGGGUCCUGAUCUGGUCUUUAUUGGUUCUUCAUUCAUGUAAAAAGUGAGAAAGGGUUGGUGCCUUGUAAAUAUGUAGCAAACCUUUGAUGUGGUGUGUCCUCAUGUGUGCAUUAACUUUAUUAAAAAGAGAAUACUUGAGAAGUAUCUAGACAAAAGGUGCCAAAUGCAAAAGUUACUUGCAUCUAUUUUCUUUUUGUCCUCUCAUAUUUUUAUAGCAUUAAUAGAGAUUGUGCAGCUAAGGGGUAACUUCAGCAUUUGAAAGGUUUCUCCUCUUCAAAGCAUUACGUGAUUUUUAAUAGUAGCUCAGCUACCUCUAUUCACAACUACUGGAAACCUUAAAGAAAAUAGAUGCUAUUAGGCAGUACUUAUUUGAAGAAGAGGUAAGAGGGAGUAUAGCAGGGAUGGAAUUGCUUACUAAUGUUGGAAGUAACCAGUUUUUCAUGAUACUGAAACAAACAUUAAUCAUUUUCAAAGUUUUCACAACUCUCAGAAGCUUGGAGUAGUUGGUCAUUUCAUCUGUGAAGAUAGCCCAACAGUCUCCCUCACAGUUUCUGCUACUGCUUAUUCAAUGCAAAUUUGUGUUUCAUUUCAGCCUGAUCUUUGACAGUUUUAAGACGCAUAAACUGAGCUAUGGUGUGUCUGCUGGUUGCUCUUAUUUUGUAUCGUUAGUGAUAAGUUUCCAUUCUUAUUGUUGAAGCGGAUUCUUGUAUCUCAAGCUUCCAGAAAAUAAUUCAUGUUUGCACUGUAUUCUUACCUUUCAUUAUACUGAAAAAUAAUAAUUUAAAGAUGGAGGUUGUUGUGGUAGAAAUAAUGUAGUAUCACAAUACAGUAUGAUGAUAUGAGGGACAUUUUAAGUUUAUAUGAUCACUUUAUAGUCUGGCUCCUUAGAGUCUGGUAGAAAGAUAUGUGGGGCUUUCUAUCUUCAUUCUAAAUUAUACUUAACUGGCCUCUGACUUGAGCGGCAUAGAGAUAUAGCCAAUGAAGAGAGAGGAAACUGGAAAAUGAAAAUAAAUUAUGGGUUAGAAUUUUGAAGUGAGGUUUCUUGACCCAAUGACUCUAAUUUGUUCUUCAGUGCACAGAGUCUGUCACUUGGUCAAGAAUUCUGGGAGCGGGAAGAUGAAGCCUAUAUACUCACACACCAAUGAAUUUUGUUUUAACCUUCUUUCUAUACUGUAAUAUACAUUAUCUGGUUCAUCUCUUUCCAAUAUUUCUAGUCGGUUGCAAGAUAACUCCAAAAAAAAUACUGAGGGGUCAGAACUCGGAUGAGAGAGAAUAUUUUAAAUAGUUCAUGGCAUUAAUCUAACCUUAUGGUACAGUUAAAAAUUCCUCAAACUUUUUUUCUUAAUUAAUUACUGUUCUGUAUAAACCAAAACCUAUUUCUGGUCAUGAUUUCAAAUUCUCCAGUUUAACAAAGAAAUGGAUACCUAAGCUCUCCAAGCUCUGUAAUGGGCUUUGGAGUGCAAAUGUCUGUCCAGUCUGCUCGUGUAUUUAGAAGAAAGCUUCUUUUCUAGAGCUAUUGCUCUUCCUACCUAUGGUGACCACGAAACAAAUGGAUACAUCAGUUCAUAAAAAUGAUCAUACACCUUUUACAUUAGUUCUGUUCAACUAAUAUAAAUGCUAUGAUUCCUAUUCUAAAGCCUGAAAUCUUGAAAUGCAGAAGAAAUGCUGUUUAUACAUUUCUGCCUGGCUGAAGCUCCACUUAUUAAUUUAUUGGGGGAGGGGGAGAGUUAAAAUAAUGGAUUCCUGAGAAAACAUGCUUUUCUAAGUAAAUGUAUUUUAGCAGCAAUUAGAUUAAAGUUAAAUAUGUUCUUAAAUGUAUCUUUUCUAUGUAAUGAAGUACUGUGAAGAUACCAGUAAAGCAGCACUUUGCUGUGGUGUAAGUAUUACUCUCCAUUUGUGUUACAUGAUUAAGAGCUAGACAGCAGGGUGUGCUAGAACAACAGAACUAUUGCUUAUUGUACAGAAUCUGCUGGGGUUUUUUGUGCAUGCAAAACCUUUUUAUAAGCAUGAAAGAAUUACUUGUUUUUAAAAAUGUUAUUUUACUUGGUUUUGUAUCUGCGUUCUUUUUCCACCUUAGACAUUGAUUUCUCAUAUAGCCUCAUUCUGUGGAUGCAUUAUAAUUUUGUCAUAAGUUGAACGCUUUAUCUCAACUGUUGAUGUUCAAUUAGAAGCUGCUUGAAGCUGCAUAAAACUUGAUUACAGCCUGCGAGGUGCAGCAGAAGCAGUGAUACAAGAAAAUCCUUGCACCAGUGGUUGCAAAAUAGAUUCUUCAGAUCCUGAUCCCAAACCUCUGUGCCCAGGUUGUGCCUCAUGAAGUCAUCAGGGUUCCAGGUUGGCACAGAGCUCUGCCUGAAUAAAGUUUACUGCAGGACAAGAAUCAGAGACUUUAUUCCAGCUUGUUUUAACAAAUAUCUUUUAUUUGAGCCUGCUCUUUAUCGCAUGUCUCUGAAGGUAUUUUGAUUAUAUAUUUAAGACUCCACAGUUAAUGAGAUCACUGAUCAAACUAUAGAUCCUCUGUCUAGAUGGAAUAAUUUUCAACUAGGAGUGCUUCAAAGCUUUCUCCAUAUGUGACAAUGAGCGUGUGCAGAAAUUUUAAAUAGUGCCAGUGGCCUGAGGGCAUCCUGUUCCCAACAUUAGGAAACCUGUCUGCAGUAGAACCACCAGUUUGCAAUCAUCUGUUAAGUCCCAUCACACCCUUCCUCUUUCACAACGAGGGGUGGGGGGGGACACUGAAAACUCGCACUGUCUCUUGAAUUCUUAAGUUUGUUUUGGCCUCAUCUCUCCUUCUGGUCCAGUGAUGAAUCUGUCACUAGCUCAUCAGUUCAGCCCAGAUUUUUCCUCUUGUGUUGUGUACAUCUGUUCUAUCCCCUUCUGUCGUGUGUGUCUGUUUCAUUCAACUUCUUUUCUUUUUCUGUCCCUUCGUUGUCGUCCCGUCCCAUCGUCCCGUCUCCCCCCCCGCCAGGAUCUUGCCUGACUUGCUGUUCUUACACAUCAGUCUCCCCUCAUUGUGUCAACGAGGAACAGCUGAAAGACUCAUGGUAUCCUGAUUCAUUUCAUUCCAUUGUUCUGCCUGGACCAUUAGGAAAGCAAUGGGUUCUUUCUCAGCCUUUUGUUUCCCUGAAAUAAAUCUCCCAUAAAAUCAAAUCAGACAUUCUUAUUUGCCACAUUUUUCUCUGAACUGCCCAAACAUGAAUUGAUUUUAAAAUGGUACAGCUCCUGUGCUUCCUUUUCAGUGUCUGAGCUGAUGAGAUUAACAUACAAUUUUACUUGUAUUUUGGAGUAUCAGUUACCACUUAGCAUCGUGGGCUAUAACCAGCAUCACACACAUAGGCUUAAGUUAUCUCCUUGUUCAGUUUGAGCUUUUUCAAUAUGAAAUAACAUCCUUUCUGGAACAAAAGCAUUCAGAUGUGUUGAACAUACCUGAAUAACAUUACUGGACCAUCAAUUUAAAAGGUGUUUUCUCCAUUGUUUGCAGUGUGUGUGUGUGUGUGUGUGUGUGUGUGUGUGUGCGCGUGCAUGUAUUUUUUGUAUACAUAUAUAUAUGUGUAUACAUGUAUAUAUGCUUUAAAAAGGGAGAACUUGGAUUUUCACAAGAACUUUCUGUUCUAAACAAUUCACACUCCUCUACUCAGGAUCUCGCUGCAUCCAUCAGUGACAGUAUACUGUUUAAAUGUCUAGGUCAUUUACAUCAGUAUGAAGAGGAUUCAUGGCUUUUUAUUACCUGAUGCCAUAUUUGCAGAGUGAGAGAUGUACUAAAGAUUCCCAGUGAAGUAUUCAUCUUCUGUCCCAAUGUCACAUCUUUCCUAGCAUCAUCCUUGUCACCACCUGUACUCUUAAUAAAACCACUUCAAAAUGCAGCAGUAUCCUGGAUGACUGUCUCUACUCAAUAGAUCUUCAGCCUUCAGGGCCAAAUCUCAUAAAGAUUUAGGUAAAACUGAAGCCAGUGGGACCUCUUGUGAGUUAAAUGAUACUAGUCUCUGUAGACAUGAGCCCUGAAAUAGCAACGGUCUUGCAAGGAAAAGGUGAAUUGUAUUAAAAGAAUUGUGUGAGGAAACUAGCUCAUCCCUUGGGGUAUUUAUAUCUGGCUCAAAUCUGCAGUAAGUUCCUCACUUUAAAACUUUCUCACUUCACAUAUUGAAAAGCAAACAAAAUUGAAAAGAACAUUGAAAAUUAUCUUAAAAUCUGAAAAGCAAGCCAUUUAGGAACAUUUAUUUGUAAGGAUUACCAUAUGUGUAAUACAUUAAGUACGAGUUUUAAAAAGGAAACCCACUUUCUGUGUCUGCUUUUCAGUUGCUUAAUUUUUUCCCCUCUUGCAUACUUUAGCAAUUAUUCUCCUUUAGAGUUAACGAAUUAGACCUAACUGCUUCUGCUGCACAUGUAUAUGAAGACUGUAGAGUUUAUACGGUACUGAAAAGAACUGACAUAGUGAGAUAUGGUAAAUAAAAUAUUCAAGUAAUUGAAACUUAAAGAAAAGCCAACUAAAAUGUAUGACAUUUGACAAAUGUGUCUUGGAGCUUAGCUACUGACCACUAAACAUGAGAAAUCUUGGUAAACACUUGAAAAUGCAGCUCCUAGGUGCCUGUAGAAUGCUUCUGACAUUCCAAAUCUUGCAGAAUUAAAACAAGGAAAUACAUUUAAAUAGCCAAGUUCUGAGGCUAAUUCAAGAAUAAUAAUUUAUCCUUAACCUGUGCAGGGGGUGACAGAUAGGGAAAACAAAAUAUUUGUAGGUUAAAGAUGUGUCUACCUUAACUUGGAGUGUCCUGUUAUCAUUGGUCUGUAUCUCAAAUUUAAUGGUUUUUAAAUGUAUUUUUGUGCGUUCUACAUUUCUUGAUUUUUUUUUUUUAAUUGUCAUGGAAAUUUUCUAUAAAAUGCAAAUCACUUACCUGAUAUACUGAAUGAGCAGUUAACAAUCUAAGGAUAAAUCUGUAUUUAGUAUUAUAGGGAGCUGUUGUGUUCUUACAAGUCUGUAUUAUAGAAAAUUACUGCGCAUGUGCGAUAGAUAAUUUUCAAAUAUUAGUAUAUCGGAUGUUUACACAUUUUUUAAAAAACUCCUUUAUGUACAGUCAGUAACAGCCUGCAAAAUCUAGUCUAAAGCAAGUGUUUUUUUAGUAAUAGAAACGCAAAGACCCGUUGGAAUCUUGUACAUGUUUAAUAUGUCAUGUUUCAACCCACAGCAAACAUAUACAACUGUGCUAUGAAUCCCUGAAAAAUUAGAUUUCCAGUGGAAUUGCUGUCACAGCCUUAACUAUAGUAUUAUAAAAAUGGUGCUUAAAUACAUUUAUGUGCAUGGAUGUGGGUACCUCAUAUCUGAUAAGAAUUUAAGUGAGAAUUUGAAGUGAAACUAAGCAUUUUGGGUGCUGAAAUUGCAAAUACAUUAAUGCUCCUGUUAAGAUUAUACAACCAUAUUUGUGAAUUUAUCAUAAAAUAUGUAAACUUACAGACAAAUAGUAACAAUUUCCUAGUUUGUUUUUUUUAAACUGGAAAAUAAUGCGUACUUUCUUGGUUCCUGUGUGCAUUAAACAUUUGCAAACAAAAGGUAGGGCAAGAUGAGAUUGCCUGGAAUGUUUUAAAGAAUGAGAGAGCCUGAUUGUUUGAAUGCAAGGAAAGUUGAUGUUUUUGUGUUGGUAUGGUGUGGCCAUUCAUUGUGGUUUUCCAGUUUUCUUUGAGAGACAAAAAAAAAAGCUUCUGUUUUUAAAAAUACUUCCUCAGUGAGUGGUGGUCAUCCAAUGUAUUCAUGUAUCUAAGGUUGGGGGAGGGGGAGGGUUCUUAUUUGUAUUUUCACUAGGAAUAUAUAAUCUAAGCUAUUCAUUUCUUUAUGUCAAAAUCAUUACAGCAGACUUUCAUUUAGAAAUAUCAGUUUUUACAGUUGAUGAGCUUGGAACAACAAAACUAGUGCUAUCUAGGCUCUCUUUUUCUGUGUUCUUGUCAGUUUCAAAUAGUCCAAAAAUGCACAAAACUGAUUUGAACGGAUACGUCUAGUUUCUGUAUUGAUUUUUCAGGUGAUAUUUAUGCCCAUAUCUUCACAUCUGCUAUCUCAGGUCCCUUUAAAUUAAUACUUCAGGGAUUUUUAAUGCCACUUGAUGGCAGACCAAAUGUAAUAUUUAUAUGCAAUGAGCUGUUAGUUUUUUGUAUUGUAAAAAUGUAAAUUUGUAAAGAUUUUUUUCUAGAGUUUUUUUGAAGUCACUUAUGUAAUUUAGGAUGUUUCAUUUUCCAGCUGUGGGAUUGUCUUAAUAAAAGAGAUAAACUCUU